CACACCCUCUUAUUAACAUGAACCGGGAUGGAACGAACGCCCAAACUCCGCCUGCAAACAAAAAGAAGUAAAGAACCCUAAAGGAUCAAAAUUCACACACACACAUACACACAUAUCAUCUCAUCAUCAUCAUCAUCAUCGAUGGCUUUGGCUAUAUCCAACGUCUUUCAAAUUCCCAAUUCUCGUUUGUGUGCCAAGAAGAGUAUCUUCGUUCAUAGCUCGCUUUCCAAUUUCUCUCCAUCCUUCGUAAGAUUUUCUAAAUGUCGCUUGAGUCAAAAGAUAGUUUGCGCUGCUUCCUCAGCUGCUGGAAGUUCUAGUUCAGACAACGAGUUAAAUCCCUAUGAGGUUCUCGGCGUGAACCCCAUUGAGGGAUUUGAUAUGGUGAAGGCAGCUUACACAAGAAAACGCAGGGAUGCUGAAAGAAGGGGGGAUGAGGCGACUGCUGCUCUUUUGGAGAAAGCAUAUGACAAACUCAUGAUGGCACAAUUAACAAAUCGAAAGAAGGGUGUGACAUUUGGUUCAUUUCAGGUUUCAAAGGACAUUAAAUAUGCCGAUAAGCAACCAAUUAUCCCAUGGGGCCCAAGGUUCACCAAGUCUGAGGAGAAGGACAUAAGGAUAAACAUGGCAAUAUCAGCUGCAUUUAUUGCUUGGAUUGUAGUUGCACGAAGUGCUGAUUGGAAGCCUGUGCAGUUUUUAUCCUUUGUAUUUGUAUAUAGAAUCUUUGAGAAGUUAAAAGCAUUUGAACCACCUGUUUCCACCACAUUUACAGAAGAAGGUGAAGAUGAAGGACGCAUGAUGCGAAUGGGGAAACGGUUGCUUCGUUCUCUUGCACUGUCUUUUGGAUGUAUAGCUAUUGCAUCCUUGGGAUAUACUGGGAUUGUGAAUUUGAUCGAAUUUAUUAGUGGUUAUGUCCCUAUUGCCUUGUAUAACAACCAGGAAGUGAUUGUGACAGCUGUAACUUCUUUGAGUUUGUAUUUCAUGGCCUCAUAUUACAGAUGAGUUGAAACUAUUUUUGUUGUUGAGGAAGGGUGUGAUUUUAUCAGGAAUCAAAUUUUGUAGAAGUCUUAAAUUAUAAAUGUAUUGGUUCUAUAUGCUAAAAGGAAUGAUGAUGACAUCUGAUGAAUUGAUGCAAUAGUGAUUUGUACCAUAAGCAAUGUACAUUGUACUUUGCUUUGAAUUCGGGUGUCCGGGUAACUAUCGAUUUAAUUGUACACCCUAGCUUUUAAGCUCCAAAUCAAUUUGAUCCCUUUAAACCUGCUUACCAUAAAUUGAUUUCCAACCUAAAUCUACAUGUUAUUUUCGAUUUUAUCCCAAGGCAAAAAUGAAGUAUGAUAUUCCACUUGAAGUUCUUACAUAAACCUUACUAGCAAAAUGCCCUUAAAACAGAAGUUCUUACAUAAACUUCAAAUAUGACGAGGAUCAUGAUUUGAUUCUUUUAUGCUCGCUUCCAUCCUCCUAUUCAAAUCUCAGAGAAACUAUCUUCAAUGUAAUCCAUGGAAUAAACAGAAGAACAACGACUCAAAGAAAGAUGACAAUCCAUCUUCAAAAUAUGCUUGUGAUAAUGUCUUCAAUGGAGAAGUUCUUGUGGGUGUCGAUAUCAACAAUGAAUGGGCUCUUGAUUCAAUGUGAACAUAUCACAUGUGACCUCACAAAGAUUGGCUCACCACUUUUGAACCAAUUCACGAUGUUAGUUUAGUUCUUGGCUUUGAUGAUUCUCAAUGCAAGAUUGAUGGCAUUGAUUAAGAGGUUCCUAGAAUGAGCUUCGUGGAGAUUUAUUUUUCACUACUAUUUUUUUAGAACAUUCAAAAU